AUGCCUUCACAGCCCCGUCAUAAAUACGCUCACGUUGGCAUGGAAAUAGGUUCCACGAAUUCAGUGGAGGGGCUUUCUUUUCAUGGUGUUUCCUUGGAAGUGAACCCUACUGGUUUCAGGGAGCGUGCGUGGGAUCGUAGCUUGCGUUGGGGGGAGACUCAGCAGAGGCACCCACACUAGCUCGAUCUGGUAGCCAAAUUCUUCUGCAUUCGCCCGGGUUGCGCUCUAUUCUUAUUUGCUCACUAAUAAUGAGACUUCAGGAUAGUACUACCGGAUUUCCUCUCCAUGAUAAAGAAAGAUUAGAGAAAUGGUUACGGAAUAUGAAACGUGACACUUGGACUCCUAGUAAACAUCAGGUCCUCUGCAGUGACCAUUUUACACCAGAUUCUCUAGAUGUGCGAUGGGGCAUUCGAUAUUUGAAAACAACUGCAGUGCCAACUAUUUUUUCAUCCUCUGAAAAUCAGGAAAAAGGGAAAUCCCAGAAGAAACUGCAAGAAGAAACAAUAGAAGGCAUCAAAGAAAUGAGCACAUGCAUAACAACAUCAUCUCUUAAAUCUUGUUCACCAAAGAGAAAUAUUUUAUGUGAAGGAGGCCUAUAUCAAAAAACUCUCGAUACAGAUUCAGACAGCUCAGCAAGAAAGGAGGGAGUGUCACAGAAUAUUGUGAAAGAUGGCAUUGCAUAUUCAGGUAAUUCUGUUAAACAGAAUAAGCAGCAAACAAGCUCCAUGAUAAUAACAUCUCAUAUGCCAAACCCAGGAGCCAUCAGUUCCAACUUUCCAGGAAAUAAUAGUGUUGUCAAAAACAUUUUUAGUGCUGCUGCUACAGAUUUGCAAGCUUCAGUUCAUGACCUCCAGUCGUGUCUUGAGCAUGGCUCAGAUUCUAAAGCCACAGUUUUGCAGGCCACACAUCUUGAACAUGGAGAUUCAUCUCUGGAAUUCAAUAAGGUCCCCAUUUCCAUGACCGAACUUCCAUCUGAUCAGUUUGAUCCUCGCAUUGCAAGUUGCUCAGUAGAAGUACAAACUCAUGAAAGCUCAGUGUUGCUUCAGACCAUGUCACGAGCUUUGGAACAGCUUGGUGGAAAUAAGGAGUCUGUCAUCACCAUUAUUGUUCCUUCAGAGGACUCAAGACCUCCCUUGCUAUUAGAGGGCUCCUUUGUAUCAGCAGAAGAGGUAUUAACCCAUCUGGAAACGGAAAACUCUGUUGUAAUCAGCAGCUGCAGCAGCCUUGAAGUGCUACAAACUGAGCAUUCGUACUGUAGGCAAGACACAGACAGGGAAAAACUCUGGCAAAAAAUUACAAAGCUGCACUCAAAAAUAGCCCUUUUAGAAGUUCAGGAGAGAAAAACCCUAAGCAGACUUAAAGCUCUAGAAGCACUUAUUGCAAAACUGAAGCAAGAAAAUCUCCUUUCAGAGGAGAAACUUAGAAUCGUAGAAAACUGUUUUACAACAUUUGAAGUUACAAUGAUACAAUAAAAGCUUUACAAU